AUGACUUCCACCACCAAACAUGACACUGGCGUCCAAGGCACCUUUCCAUGGUAUAAAUUUGGGGAAUCAGUAGCGGCCGCGGUCGGCACGAUCUGCCCGCCCGAUGGAAGUACUCAGUCUGACACGAACGAAGAGUACUACUCUGUUUCAGCUGGGGAUGUGAGCGACUCCAGCGAUCAGUCCAUCGACGUGGACAGAGCCAUUACAACGCAGCUUGAGAGCGAGAGCCAACAGUUCGUACAGACUCCGCAGAGCUCGACACUACCCAACCACGCAUUCGACAUUGGCUUCAAGGCCAUUGACAAGAUCACCACGAAAACAACCCUUGACAGAUCAUCACCGCCCAAGACACCUCUUGCGGGCUUUCACCCUGGCAAGAAACGGCUCACACCGGUGACACCUCCUCGGCAAACCAUGAACAGAAGUCCUGACAGCAUUCGUUCGAAUCCUUAUGACAUUGAAUGCACCAGUGACUCCGACAUGGACUCUGGACCCAUCCCUCUAAACUUCCUCGACGUACCAAAAAGAGACGGAUUCAAGACACCGAUUCUGACCAAGACCGAGGAAAGGCGAUCCGCGCGCAUGGCUGGUUCAGGAGAAGACUCCCCGAUGGCACGCAAAUCGCGGAAAAGAGUACACCAGGCUCAGCCAAUACGGCACAGCGAGGAGGCUCAAAAUUCCAGCAAACCUAUCAAUGGUAAAUCUGACAGGCUGAUGACACCGGACCCUACUCCCAACCGACCAGCCCAAGGCGAAGGCACCGCGUUGCGUGGCCCAUGGCAGCAAGAUGGUCAGCAGUCAUCAUCUUCCUCAGAUGAGUCCAAUGGAAGCCCUGUCUGGAAAAUAGGCACGCACCCAUCACUGCCAGCAACCCCGGGCUCUGCUGUGAGCGUAGCUGGUGAUCGCAUGGCUGUGCGAUACUCACCGUAUCCCAAGUCGAGGCUCAAGGACUUCCUCAAGAGUUCUCUCCGGGUGAGCCGAGCCGUUAGCGGUCGCAAUCGUGCUUCUCCCCUGACUAGCGACACAAGGAGUCUUGAUACCGUUGAGAGAGAACCACAUACAACCAAGAGCGAGACAUACAUGGACAGUGAUACUCGCCGUCACAAUCAGCAUGAAAACGCGAUGGGAUUCGGUCUCAUCUCUCCUCAGAAGUUUAUAGCGGAGUCUGUGCCUGAUUCAUCUUCAUAUCCUUUUGCUGAGGAUAGGAAGUUGAAGCACAUCACUGGUGUGCCCAUUAUUCCGGAAGACGCCGGCCAUGAGCCCUCAGCCGGAGAGUCUUUGAUUGAGGCGCAAGGGGGACGCAAGACAAUGAGCUCCUCUCUCAAUGAUGCCGCCGAAGCCAAGUCUGUUGAAAAGAGAGAUAUGCGCGCCAUGCCUACCUUUUAUACCUUGCAACCCUCGUAUGGACAAUGUAAGCCGUGGCUAAUGGACAAGCCUGGCCCCUACUUACCACACCAUCGAGACACACUCACCAACCUCAGGAGUAUACUCAAGGGGAGCGAGCUUUGGAAAAGACAGAAGAGCUUCCUGGCAAGCGAACAGGCAGGAACCCAUCAACUUGGCGAGAACAAGGAUGUCCCCGUAGACCGAAUCCCAAAGCGCCGAAGACGCGCUUGCCAAGGUUGUCGAGAGGGCUUUCUGCUAUGA